GCUCCGCAGUCAGUUAGGCGGGCGGCGCGCCCAGGACUGACGUGUGUGUGAAUAUAAUGUAGUGGUGUUGUGUUACGAUGAUUCUCACUUAGUGGUUCCAGUCGUACAGUGCCAAAAUGGAGACCGACAAAAUGUCAACGGCGUCCUCGGUGGGCGCCGCCGAGCGGAGGCCGCUGAUGCAGGCCCUGGUGCUGGAGCGACGGAUUCUGUUCGCCUGCACGGUGCUGGUCGGACUGAGCAUAUUCGUGUGGAUAGCCGCCGUGUGCACGGAGAAGUGGGUGCACAUUGAGGGAGGAAAUGGUAUCCUCCUACCGAUCCGCGGGGGCUACUUCAUGUGGAGCGAUUCUGGCGUGUGGGAGAUCUGCCGGUAUAUCUUCCACCCCUACCCCAGCAUGCUAAGGGUCAAUGACAACGCGCCGAGCACUACACACCGGCCGUUCGAUAUUAGCGGCAUGCAGGGCCAGUAUUUUACAAAUUGUACAAAUUAUUUAUCUCAACCAAUUAUGAACAAAAAUGGGAAACCAAUUGAUCCUGCCUACGAUCCAGACGUAGCUAAUUACGUUCGAACCAUGAUAUCAUUCGGUAUCAUUAGUUUGUUUGUGAUGGCGAUGGGUUGCGGGUUUUCCGUCUACACCUUCCGCAACCCUCGGUACAUGUUCAAGCGACUCGCCGCGGGUAUACACUUCAUUAGCACUUCUUGCACCUUCGUCGUGGUACAAGUGACUUUUUCCACUGUGGACUACAUGAAGAAAAACUUGAAAUAUAUUUACCCUGAACGCGCUUAUCAUUACUAUCACAUCAGCUUCUUCCUAGCGUGGUUCGUCGUGCUGGUCAACCUCUUCGCGGCCGGGUCAUUUCUCCUCUACUCGCGCAAGAGAAAAGGGGACAAAGCUGCGACGGACGAACUCGCUAUGGCCGACGAGCCGACUAUAAUUGGCCGAUGACCAUCUCGUUUCAAGCAACUCCUCCAGUUGGAUGGCUUCCUCUCCGAUCUACUGAACAGUGCUCAAAUGACCAAUAGCUGUUAUGUAAUGUCUUCCAAGCUGAACAAAACUGGGGCUUUAUGAUCGCCCACCGAAAUCUAUCUCAGGUGAAUCUUUUAAAUGUUUUUUAGUAUCGGCAUCCCAGACGCUAUGGUUGCGCAACUACGAAACACCAAUUGAAAGCUUUAAAUUUAUGGUACGGUUAGAAAUUGUAAAGACCAGGAGGUCGAUUCUAACACCUCGAAUGUCGCUUCCAUUGCAGGCUGCCUCACCGGCACUUAUAUUCGAGUGAACCAGUCUAGAAUCGAAACGGCAUUCGAAUUGCAGGAAUCGUGCCCCAGACGACCAGAUAAAAGUGCCUAUGAAUUUGUACCGUCUAUGAAUAUUGUAAUGUCGAACUGUGAAGAAUCAAAGGGAUCGAAAUAUGUUGUCAAGAAUUUAUGUAGAAAUAGCCACCAUUCAUGAAAGCAAAAUCGAGUUGUCGCUAAAUAUUUUAAUGAGUAAAUAGAUAUAAAAAUAUUGAAUUGACCACUGUAAUAUCGAUAAAAGAAUGAUUCACCAUAGCUAGUUCUUGUUUCCGUAGGUUAGCAGAUUGUACCGCAGCUUACGUUGUUCGCUAGGCUUUCAUACUAUAAUGCUACCUAUAGUCCGUCAAGAAAGUGAAGAAAU